AUGGGUGUUAUCAAGGAUACUGUUCAGCCUGGCGAUGGCCAAAACUUCGCCAAGCCUGGUGAUAACAUCUCCAUGCACUACACCGGUCACUUGGAGACAAAAGACGGAGAGGUCUUUGACAGCUCUGUCUCUCGUGGUGUUCCCUUCCAGACCCCCAUUGGUGUCGGAAGAGUCAUUACUGGUUGGGAAGAGGGUGUUCCCCAGAUGAGCCUUGGCGAAAAGGCUCUUCUCACUAUCACCCCCGACUACGGCUACGGUGCUCGUGGUUACCCCCCUGUCAUCCCCCCUAACUCCACACUCGUCUUUGAGGUUCAGCUCCUGGCCAUCAACAACCUUCGCGCUCAGUAG